UGAUUGAUUUUCCUGAAGCCGAAAUGAAGCGUGGGCGAGAGUGAUGCUUGCUUUUGAGUGAUGAAGGCCAACGGGCGGUAUUCCACUCAACGGUAAAUCAAACGGAAGACCUCUCUUGAAUGAAGAGAAGGAGGAAGAGCGGUCCGGUCCUUCUUUCUCUAUUGCAUAACAUCAAAUUUGUCGGCGUAUCCGUAAUAUAAUGCAUUCGCCACGCCGUUGCGGAGUAGCACUGCAAAGGUGCUUUUCUGUAGAGUAAUAUGCAAUGCUACUGAAAGGAGAAAAAUUUCCCCAUUUUUCUUAUGCAUCAAAAGACAACCAAGAUAUCGUGUAUUUUUUUUGAUGUUGAAUCUAAAGAUCAAUCUUUACGAUCAAAAAUCAUCUCCCACAAACAAAAUGGACGAGUCUUACGUCUUUCCACCUCCAUUAACACUUCUUUGUCCACCUUCUGGCUUGUUAUUGGAAACAACCUGGUUACCUGCUUUUCCAUUGGUGCGUAAUGAUCAAAUGGGCGCUGAAGAGAUUCCACCCUCGCCUUCGCUUUCGAUGGGAGGAACGUCUUGUUCAAGUUCAGGAAGUGUGGCAACAAUCAGUCCACAUCAAUCUGCCUAUUUGCCACUGCACACAAUCUCCAAUCGAUCACCAUACAGCAACAAAGAGAAACAUAGUGAACAUGGUAAGCUCUUCUCUUCAAUAAGACCGGAUUCGGACGAAUUUGUACGACCGGGUAAUCUGGAAAACGGUGCAUUUUCGAUCAAUAUUUCUGCCACGUCAGCAAACGCAAACAUCACAUCAGCACAAGAAGACAAGAUGCGUGAAUUGAUGUUUGCAAAAGGUUUUUCAUCUUCAAAUGCAAGUAGAACGUUGAAGUUGGACAAUACGGCUGUGGACAGAUUGCUUCGCUUUCAAUCCUUAGCGAAUAGGAUAUGGAACGAAAGUGAUCCAAUGCUAAGCUUUCCAUUUGAAGCCAAUGCAAUUCAUGAAAUCCCAUUCAAAGAGCCCGUCAGAAAAGCGUCAAAGGCAAGUCUUUUCGGAGGUGGUGGUGAAUCAUUCGUUUCCUCUUCUUCUUCAACGAACACUGCAUCUUUUCGUUCAAAAGUUUCGCAAAGUAUCGUUUCAAGUUCACUUUCCCCGAACAAGAAGCUCAAAUUGCUCGAGAAUAACAAAUUGGGACUUUUACUGCGGCCACAGAAAACAAAAUCUAGAGGAUCGCCGUACGUGUUUGAAGAAGAUGUCAGGUACGGUCCAUCAAAGAGUCCAUCUCCGAUCUUUUUAGGCGAAGCAGAGAAUGAUGUAUUGUCAACUUGGGGUGGAAUGGCAAAAGCGCUUUGGGGAGAAGAUUCAAUAAAAAUGGAAGAAAAUCAGACCUACCUGACUGUGAAACAAAUUCAACAACAAAAUGGAAUUCGAUUAGACAAAGGGACUCUUGCACAAUUAAAAGAUUGGGAUACAUUCUAUACAACAUAUACUCUUGCUUUGCUCAAUUUCAAUGAUAUGCCACCUUCACCCAAAGGUGUUCCGGAAUUCGAUGCUUGUCCAGAUGCUACGCCAACGUAUUCUGGUAUGCUCUAUGCACCCAUCCCGAAAUGGGAGGGUAUCCGACUGCAGUCAUUCCAUCGGUUGGGCGUGUUGAAACAAGACAAGAUCGUUCGUGAACGUAUAAGUGACAUUUUGGACGAGAUGCGAUUCCUGCUACCUAAGCUCAAGAUCUGUUUGCGAUACAUCGACUACGAUGAUAUCUAUCAUCAUUCAAGGGAUUUAAUCUACCGUGAUGCUCAAACAGGUAGAAGGCAAUCAGUUUGUGCACAUACCAUGUUGAAUCGUAACUUGGGAAUGCAAGUGUACAACUUUCGAGAAGAUUGGCGCUUCAAAUUACCCGAGAAUGAAUUCUUGAUUGAAGAUGAUGGUCAUACAGCUUACGAUGCUCAUAUUUAUCAACCAUUCAGGAUCGAUCAUUCGAUCAAGCAUUAUAAAUUUUAUACUGGAGUACCAAUAUUGGCAGCAGAUGGCUUACCAAUGGGCGUCUUGAGCGCCUGGGGAAAGGUACCAGGUCGCAAGAAUGAAACGCUCAAUUUGUUUCUACGUCAAAACGCACGAAAGAUUGGAACACUUCUGGAGCUUGGUUAUUGUAUGAACUUUGUGGAAAAACUGGAACAAAUGAAGUUGAUGUACUCAAAUUUACCAAAGCACCUUCCUCUACUCUACGACCAUUCAAAGAACAUAAUCUAUGACGUUGGUCCUUCACAUUCAACUCGAAGUGGAUCAAGAGAGGUUUUUGAAGUUUCGAUUUGCGCAAGAAAUGGAUUGUUCGUUGUUCCAUUAGAAGGUGAGAAAGUGUUCUCGAUUUUGGUCUCGAUUGGAUCUGUGACAGACUUCAAUUGUAUCUAUCUUGCUGCAAUCACACUUCCUUGGGCAAGUUCAACGGAAAGAAGGAUGGAUAUCUUGGCAUACGUUAACGACACAGACGAGCCAAUGCAGAAGCUCUCCUACACAUUCCAUGAAAAAUUGUUCGAUAGUGCUUCCGAGCCUUAUAUCGUUCUUCAGUCCACGAAUCCUGCUUUGGAUCCGCAAAUUGACGGGAAGGAAAUGCCACAUGCGCCAUUCAUGAAUGAAGAUGAGUUCUCACUCAACCGUGAAAGAGUGGCUGGAAUCUUUCUUGCGAUCAAACGAAACGGAAAGAUGGGAUUCGUAUUAGGAGCACUAGUAAAAAGCGAAGAUUUGGUGAUCGGCAUUGAAGAUUUACGAUUUUUACAAGCUGUUCAAGUUAAUAUAGAAGAGGCUCUAACUCAUUUCGGUCAUGAAUAUCAAGAAAGAAAGAAGUUCCCAUUCAAAGGUUCACAGAAGAAGAGAGACCAUAAAUCAAAAGCUGCUUCACAAGAUUUAGAACGAUGCAACACUGAAGCAAACGAGCAAAAGAUUAUGCGCUCAAGUUCUCUUACUUCUGUGAGAGAAGGAAAGAAGACCGUUCGAGGAAACCGACCACCAUCUUAUGAUGAGAGGUAUACACGUUUGCCUCCUGGUCAACCUUCGCAAAACUCAUCACCCUCAAGGCUUCAAGAGAAGAAGGAUAUGAACAUGUAUACGAUUGAUGAAACAACAUGGGAUGUUCGUAUGCAAAGCAGUCAAAGUACAGAUACGCCAGGCACGAAUCGAGAUGAAGAAUUAAAACGAAAUCGAUUGAUUACAACACAAGAUGCUGCGCUCAUGGAUAAAAUCUCAGCUUAUCGAAAUUCAUUUGAACAUCAACAACAUCAUGCAGGACCAGAGCAUAGAAAAGCACAACAAAUAAUUGAUCUUUCAUCACAGGAAUUGACUGUUUCGUCCACUUCAGGUUCGUUUGACCGACUUGAUGGAUUCUUGAGACCUCCUUCUGUUGGUUUGAGUCCCAGUCCGAGAAGAAAUCGACCAAAAGCCGCUACUGUAAGCUCUGCAGAGGCAUUCAAGCACAUGAAAUUAGAGCAAUAAUGAUUCCAUCGAUCACAACUUCAGCACACGACCCACGAAUCGUAUUUCAGUUUCAACCGUUCUCCAAAUUCAAUUCAUUUUGUACAAAUACAAAUUAAUCUUAGCUAUAAAACAAUGCCGUAAAUUAAUGAUAUAACUGCA